AAUUUGAAAACAUUACGUUUCACAACCAUAAAAGAGGCAGAACUUAUUCAAUGUCAAAUGUCAUGAAGUUUCGUAUCGAAAAUUUUCGUGAAAAUUUUCCUGUUGUUUUCCUCGAUUUUUCGUGAGCCCUUUAGCACUUCUCUAUGUUAUAGUGCCACUAUAUGCACUAAUUACACAUUCUGUUCUGAGGUAAUCCUUGUGUCAUCAACGUCCUGAUAUAAUGCCAUCGUGAUCAAUUAUUUCUUCUUAUACUUAUCCAUUCAAAUUUAAAGUUUCGUUCUGUCCUGCGAGUUUUUGAAUGAUGAGAGGGAAUGUGUCACUGCCAGGUUAUGCUACUUUACACUGUGCUGAGGAAAUCAUCUCCUCGCUCACUUCAGCAGCUCUUACAUCCUCAAAGCAUAAGGCAUUAUUGUAAAAAUGAGGAAGAAGGGAGCAGUGAAGAAAAACGCAAAAUGGAAUCGUUCUCCCAAUUGGAACUUCCAGAGGAGCCAACAAAUUGCUGCAUGUCUGGCUGUGCCAACUGCGUUUGGAUUGAGUAUGCCAAGGAACUCCAGACUGUCUUCCAUGGAAGUAACGAAAAAGCAAGGGACAUUAUCUUGACUAAAAUCUCUGACCCAAAUAUGAAGGCAUUUCUCGCCAUGGAAUUGAAGAUGUUGGAGAAAGAGUGAUUUUUAUCAAAGAAUAUAUUGCAUGUAGUAAAAUGGUA